UUAAUAUUGCAUUCUACUUUCAAUCUUCCAACAAUCUUAGGUAUGAUCAAAUUCAAAAUGCAGUGAAUUAUUGUACACAAAUUGUAAAUAAUAAUGUUAUGGGUGAUGAACGAGUUGGUGAGUUGCACAGUGAUGAACCUUCCGAGCAUGAAUUAACAGAUAGUGAUGAUAUGUAUGACGACGAUGAUGAUAAUGUGGAUAAUGCACCCAAUGCAUCCGUUGAAGAUCAAAGUAUUAAUUAUCAUUCUACAACGAUUCCAUACUUAGAUCACACUGAAGAAAAUACAGGAGAUUUUAUCUACACGAGAGAUGACGGUUCCAUUCGAACGGCACUUGGGAAUUCAAACAAUCCUAAACAUAUCCAGUCAGGUAUGUUAUUUAUGAAUAAGAUGCAAAUGAAAUCUGCAGUAAGAGCAUAUAGUUCUUCUAUUAAAAAAGAAUUUCUUUGUGAUCAAUCCAAAAGUAAAAGUUGGAAAUUUAUUUGCAAGCGUCAUGAGUUAUGGUGUGAUUGGAUGAUUCGGUUUAGAGAGAUCUCAAGCGAUAUGUGGAAGACAGAAAAAAUGAUUGAACCGCAUACUUGUCUUACAGAUAAUUAUAAGGAGGAUCAUUUCAAUUUGAUUGAUAACAUGAUUGCCACUUCAUUAAUACCAUAUGUUAUGCAAAAUUCGGACAUAAAUAUUAAGAUGAUCCGUGAAAUUAUCAAAGGAAAGCAUCACUAUACUCCUAGUUAUAGAAAAUUACAAAAAGGUCGAAGAAAAGCAUUUCGAAUGGUUUAUGGUGAUUUUGAAAGUUCAUUUAAAGCAUUACCUCGAUACAUGGCUGCACUACAAUUAUUCAAUCCAGGCACUAUUAUUGAGUGGGAGCAUCAUUCUACAACAAUGCAAGAUGAGCAAAUUUUUAAAUUUCUUUUUAGGGCUUUUAAACAGAGCAUUGAUGGUUUCAAAAGUUGUAGGCUGGUCAUUUCUAUCGACGGCACACAUCUUUAUGGUUUGUAUAAUAUCAAAUUGUUAAUUGCGGUUGGAAUUGACGCGGAUGGAAAUAUUUUUCCACUUGCGUAUGCUUUAGUUGCACGUGAGAGUUUUGAGUCUUGGUCAUGGUUUCUCAAGUUAUUAUGGACACAUGUAGUUUGUGAACGACAAGGAAUUGGUCUUAUUUCUGACCGUCAUCAAGGAAUCUUGCAAUGCGUUCAAUCUUAUGAUUGGUUGAGUCCACCCAACACAUAUCAUAGAUUUUGUGUUCGACACUUAAAAAUAAAUUUUAAUAAAAAAUUUGUAAAUAUUGAACUCGAAAAUCUAAUGUGGUUGGCUGCUAUUCAUCAGGAGAAAAAGUUUGUGCAACGGAUGCAACAAAUCAAAACAUUGUCUCCUGCAGCAUAUGAAUGGUUAAAUGAAUUUCCUUUGGAAAAAUGA